UGCAGUGUGAACUAAAUAUCACAGCCCAGAUGCAAGAAGAAGAAGGCAGUUGUUUACCUGAAUGGGAUGGACUGGUUUGCUGGCCAAGAGGAACACCAGGAAAAAUCCUUGCAGUCGCUUGCCCACCUUAUGUUUAUGAUUUUAAUCACAGAGGAUUGGCUUAUCGACGAUGUAAUCUCAAUGGAACUUGGGACUUUGUAUACAGCUUAAACAGAACAUUUGCCAACUAUUCAGAAUGUCUUCUCUUCUUGGAAUCUAAAACCCGGACAACGGAAUGGGCUUUUUUUGAACGUCUCUACAUAAUGUAUACAGUGGGAUACUCCAUCUCAUUCUGCUCCUUGGCUGUGGCUAUAUUUAUCAUUGGUUACUUCAGGAGAUUACACUGUACCAGAAACUACAUCCAUAUCCAUCUGUUUUUCUCCUUCAUGUUAAGAGCGGCAAGCAUCUUUGUUAAGGAUAAAGUGGUCCAUUCUCAUAUUGGAGUAAAGGAAUUAGAAGCAAUGCUAAUGGGUGACCUUAGAAGCAUCAUGGUAUUCCCUGUGCUGGACAAAUCACAAUACGUUGGAUGUAAAAUUGCUGUUGUAAUGUUCAUUUACUUCUUGGCAACAAACUACUAUUGGAUUCUUGUAGAAGGACUUUACCUGCACAGCUUGAUAUUUGUGGCCUUCUUUUCAGACACCAAAUACUUGUGGGGCUUCACACUCAUAGGAUGGGGAUUCCCAGCUGUAUUUGUAGUAGUGUGGGCAGUGGCAAGAGCAACCGUAGCAGACGCAAGGUGUUGGGAGCUAAGUGCGGGAGAUAUCAAGUGGAUUUACCAAGCACCAAUAUUAGCAGCUAUUGGGUUAAAUUUCAUCCUAUUUCUUAAUACUGUACGGGUACUUGCAACAAAGAUUUGGGAAUCAAAUGCAGUUGGUUAUGACACCAGGAAACAAUACAGGAAGUUGGCCAAAUCCACAUUUGUUCUCAUCUUGGUGUUUGGUGUCCACUACAUAGUGUUUGUAUGCUUGCCACACAGAUUCACCGGCCUAGCCUGGGAGAUUCGAAUGCAUUUUGAGCUUUUCUUCAACUCCUUUCAGGGUUUCUUUGUGUCCAUAAUCUAUUGCUACUGCAAUGGGGAGGUACAGACUGAGAUUAAGAAGACAUGGACCAGAUGGAAUCUUGCAUUUGACUGGAAAAGCACAACCCACUGUGGAAACUUUAGAUAUGGAUCUGUCUUGACCAACAUGACCCACAGCACUAGUAGCCAGUCACAGAUGGUAGCCAGCUCUCGCAUGGUAUUGAUUUCUAGCAAAGUUAGUCGAAGUGUCAGCAAGCAGGUUGAUGGACACAUACAUUUGCCUGGAUAUGUAAGAAGCAACUCAGAUCAAGACUGUUUGCCUCAAUGGAUACAAGAGACAAAUGAGGAAGAAGAAAAGCAGGUUGAUGACAUAUCCUUAAAAGAAACCUUAAGGCCUUUGCAACUUUGCACAGAGGCCGAAGUAAACAGAAAUGAAAUAGAAGAAACACUGUAAUUAGGAAUGGACAUCUAACUAAAAACGGGUAGAAUUUCUUUUUUAAUCACUGGGUAUGCAUUUGCCUUCAGAAAACGAAUGCAGCAUGGUUCAUUGAACGCAACUGGAUUUACAAAGACACAGAAUAUGGUCUUGAACAUUCUAUGUACAUAGGUAUAAAAGCACAACUAAGAAUGUAUUAAGAGACUGUUAAGCUUAUAACAUAUCAAGGAAUGAAAAGGAUAAAUAAAUAAACAGGUAUCAAUCCAGUUA